CUUCAAGCACAGUCCUCACAUCUUCUAGUGCACCAGGUCACCUUCCAUUGACAAGACAUGGCCACCCCACUCACAGACAGCGACAAGAGGAAGCAGAUCAGUGUGAGGGGCAUUGCAGGGCUGGGAGAUGUGUCUGAGGUCAGGAAGAGCUUUAACAGGCAUCUCCACUUCACCCUGGUCAAGGAUAGGAACGUGUCCACCCCAAGAGACUACUACUUCGCCCUGGCACACACUGUCAGGGACCACCUGGUGGGGAGAUGGAUCAGAACCCAGCAAUAUUACUACGAGAAGGACCCCAAGCGUAUUUAUUAGCUAUCUUUGGAAUUCUACAUGGGUCGAACUCUUCAAAACACAAUGCUGAAUCUGGGCCUUCAACAUGCCUGUGACGAAGCUGUCUAUCAGCUUGGACUGGAUAUGGAAGAGCUAGAGGAGAUAGAAGAGGAUGCAGGCCUUGGUAACGGUGGAUUGGGUCGUUUGGCAGCUUGCUUCCUUGAUUCAAUGGCCACUCUGGGCUUGGCUGCAUAUGGCUAUGGAAUCCGAUAUGAGUUUGGGAUAUUCAAUCAAAGGAUUAUGAAUGGCUGGCAGGUUGAGGAAGCAGAUGACUGGCUGCGUUAUGGUAACCCCUGGGAGAAAGCACGUCCGGAGUUCAUGCUCCCUGUUCAUUUCUAUGGGCGAGUGGAGCAGACGGCCGAAGGCUCCAAAUGGGUGGAUACUCAGAUUGUUCUUGCAAUGCCUUAUGACACUCCAGUUCCUGGAUACAAAAACAACACUGUUAAUACAAUGAGGCUUUGGUCUGCCAAGGCACCAAAUGAUUUUAAUCUUCAAGAAUUUAAUGUUGGUGAUUAUAUAGAGGCCGUCUUGGACAGAAAUCUGGCUGAAAAUAUCUCCCGAGUCCUAUACCCCAAUGACAAUUUCUUUGAAGGUAAAGAGUUGCGUUUGAAGCAGGAGUACUUUGUUGUAGCUGCCACGCUUCAAGACAUAAUCAGGCGAUUCAAGUCUUCCAAGUUUGGAUGUCGGGAUCCGGUUAGAACAGCUUUUGAUUCAUUCCCAGACAAGGUUGCCAUCCAGCUGAAUGACACACAUCCUGCCCUUGCCAUCCCAGAGCUCAUGAGGAUCCUGGUUGACAUUGAGAAAUUGGAUUGGGACAAGGCCUGGGAUGUAACUAAGCGGACCUGUGCAUACACCAACCACACAGUGUUACCCGAAGCCCUGGAGCGCUGGCCUGUUCAUCUCUUUGAGAAACUGCUCCCUCGCCACCUGCAGAUUAUCUACGCUAUCAACCAAAAACACCUGGAUGAAGUUGCAGCCUUGUAUCCUGGUGACUUUGAUCGUCUUAGAAGGAUGUCCAUUAUUGAAGAAGGCGACUGUAAACGAAUUAACAUGGCUCAUCUGUGUGUGAUCGGGUCUCAUGCUGUGAAUGGAGUGGCCAGAAUUCACUCAGAAAUUGUUAAAAAUACAGUCUUUAAAGAUUUUUAUGACUUGGAGUCCACUAAAUUUCAGAACAAGACUAAUGGUAUCACUCCUAGAAGGUGGCUAAUGUUGUGUAACCCUGGCCUGGCUGAUAUCAUUGCAGAGAAAAUUGGAGAGGAUUUUGUGACUGACUUGAGCCAGCUGAAGAAAUUGUUAGAUUUUGUGGAUGAUGAGAGCUUUGUCCAUGACAUAGCUAAAGUUAAGCAGGAGAAUAAGUUGAAGUUUUCUGCUUACCUGGAAGAGCAAUACAAAGUGAAGAUCAACCCUUCUUCCAUGUUUGAUGUUCAAGUCAAGAGAAUCCAUGAAUACAAAAGGCAGCUAUUAAACUGUUUACAUAUCAUUGCAAUCUAUAACCGAAUCAAGAAAGAGCCGUCCAAAUCAGUUGUGCCAAGAACAAUUAUGAUUGGAGGAAAGGCAGCCCCUGGUUAUCACAUGGCUAAAAUGAUCAUCAAGCUGAUCACCUCUGUUGGAAGUAUUGUGAACAACGAUCCCGUGGUAGGAGACAGACUGAAGGUCAUCUUCUUGGAGAAUUACCGGGUGUCCUUAGCAGAAAAAGUGAUCCCAGCCUCCGAUCUAUCUCAGCAAAUAUCCACUGCAGGCACUGAGGCUUCUGGUACUGGGAACAUGAAGUUUAUGCUUAAUGGGGCUCUCACCAUUGGUACCAUGGAUGGAGCCAAUGUGGAAAUGGCAGAAGAAGCUGGAGAGGAAAAUCUUUUCAUCUUCGGCAUGAGAGUGGAGGAUGUUGAAGCACUUGAUAAGAAAGGGUACAACGCAAAGAAUUAUUACGAUCGCAUACCUGAGCUGCGACAGGCAAUUAAUCAGAUGAGGGAUGGACACUUCUCUCCAAGAGAACCAGAUCUGUUCAAAGAUUUGGUCGAUAUGCUGAUGAACCACGACAGGUUUAAGGUGUUUGCUGAUUAUGAGGCAUAUAUAAAGUGCCAGGAGAAAGUGGACCAGUUGUACAUGAACCCCAGGGAGUGGACCAAAAAAGUAAUAAAGAAUAUUGCUUGCUCUGGGAAGUUUUCUAGCGACAGGACAAUUAGUGAAUAUGCAACAGAGAUCUGGGGAGUUGAACCAUCAGCAGUGAAGAUCCCACCACCAAACAUACCCAGGGAAUAAUUCUGAGGGUGCAUGUGCUCUAUGUUCUCCACUGCUAGUUUGGUUGGUUCAGGAUUAGUGUUUAUCCACCAGUUGUGACUUUGAACCACUUUCCCAUUAAAGCUUAUUUUUGUCUCUGGGGAGGAAAAAAAAUUAAAAAGAUUGCUUUCAUUGUGUUUUCCUAAACCAAC